GAUGGGGAUGAUGAUGAUGGGGGUGAUGAUGAUGGGGGUGAUGAUGAUGACCAUGAUGAUGACCAUGAUGGUGACCAUGACGGCCAUGAUGACCACCAUGAUGGUGACCAUGAUGACCAUGAUGACGACCAUGAUGGUGACCAUGACGGCCAUGAUGACGACCAUGAUGACGACCAUGAUGGUGACCAUGACGACCAUGAUGACGACCAUAGUGAUGAUGAUGAUGGCUCUGCUCUCCUACCUCGCCCUACUCACUCCCUCAUCUUCCGCUACUCGAUAUGGUGGCCCGCCGCUGGUGGACCUGGAGGAUCUGUCCGAGGUCGACCCGAGCGCAGCUCCUGGAACAGCCGGCCAUUGCGGUCCGUGCCCGGUGCGGCAGCAGUGCUUGACGACGGGCGUCCAUGUGUGUGCGACGGGCGGCAAGGGCGGCAAGGGCGGCGUGCCUGGAGAAGACAUUGAGUCGCCUCUGGCCGAGUCGCUCAGGUUCUCGACGCCCGGUCUGCCCAAGCGGGCCAAGGCACGGCUCGCCGGCCCGUCGGGUAACUUCUGGUACGCCGUCGAGGUUGACGCCAAUGUGAAGAACGAAGAGGUGGUGGCCGCCGUGUUCUGGAAGACCUCGAUCGCCAUCUGGCGCGACGCCAACGGCAAGCUGCAUGCCAUCGAGGACCGCUGCGCCCACCGCCAGCUCCGCCUCUCGGCCGGCUUUGUCGAGGGCGAGACGCUUGCGUGCUGCUACCAUGGCUGGGCAUACGACGAGCACGGCAAGGUCGUCAAGAUCGCGCACGAGAUCCCGGACGCAUUCCGCAAGGAGAGCAUGCCUGUCGAUCCCACGCCCGGCGAGACUGUCGACGGCGCGCCGUGCGUCUCGGGCCCGAACCUGCCCAAGAUCUCCGUCCGCACCUACCCCAUCGCCGUCAAGUACGGCCUCAUCUUUGUCUUUCCAGGUGACCCGGCGCUGGCCGACUCGGUUCCGCUGCCGUCCAUCCCGCAUCUGGUGGAGAACCCGGCUCUGGCCCACCAGAUUGUCGACCUCUCGGUCAACGCUCACUGGACGCUCAUUGUCGACAACAACUGCGACUUUAUGCAUGCCUUCCUCCACCGCAAGUACCGUCCCUUUGUCUGGCCUCACCUCAAGUCGACCGCCCGCAUCGGCGACACCGUCCGCGUUGAGUACCUCACCGACAUGGCCUCCUCGCCGGGCGCCAAGAUCCUCGGCACCAACACCGGCCAGGAUACCAUCGUCCUCGAGUACCAGUACCCGUACCAGCGCUCCGACCUGGCCAACAAGUACGCCCACAUCUGCUUCCUCCUCCCCAUCGACGAGAAGCGCACCCGCACCUUCUACAUCUUUACAUGGAAGGAGAUGAAGGCUGGGCCUAUCGACAUCCCCAACUGGAUCCGCCCGCCCAUCGUCGCCGGCAUCCACAAGCUCUACCUCGUCCCUGUCCUCAAGCAGGACCUCUACGCACUCGAGGAGGAGCAGGCGUGCAACGACCUCCACGCCACAAAGAACUCAGUCGAGCUCAAUCCGCUCGUCUCGGCCUUCCAGUCGCUCACUGUCGAAAAGUGGCAAGAGUACCUCGACUCGGAGCGUGCCCGUCGCCAGUCCAUGUCCCGCCGCAACUGGCGCGCCUCCUUUGGCGCUGGCCUCUCCGACUGGCGCUGGGCUGAUCUCUAG